AUGGACUUCUUCUUGCUAUUCCUCGUGUUCUUUUCACCUCUCCUUCUCGUUUUAGCAUGGUUCGCCUUUUCUCGCGUGCGCCGUCAUUUCGAAGAUGAAUCGACUAGACCUGCAUUUGGACGGAGUUAUCUCCGGACAAUGGCGCAAACGGGCGGGGCCAUGUCUGAACAGAUCGAGCUGCAGGAUAUGCUCGAAGACUCGAAUCAUGAAGAGUGA